AUUACUAAUCAUUGUACGGUCACAUCGUAUUGAAUUUUAGAUUUUUUCGAGUUGCGUCGCCUUGUUUUUUCGGUUUAUACCAAAAUAAUUACUAAAAUAAAAUACGGUACUAAUUUUGGCGGUCAGAUUUCAAAGGAUCUAAAGACAAUUCUGAUCCUCAGCAAACAUGAAAGCUUUUAAAAUUAAACAAGAACCCAAAAUCAAGAAAGAGUUCUUGCAAGAUAAGUCCGUGCGGCGACAGUACCACCAGCGUUACCGCUCAGAGUGGGAGAAGUUCCCCUCGUUUUCACACUGGCUUCAGCCCAGCCACGAUGGUUACUCAGCUCACUGCAAGAUUUGUGACGUGAAUGUCCUUGCCAGGCUGGCAUCCAUCAAGCAGCAUCAUAUUACACGAAAGCAUCAAGAGGCUAUGAAAUGCAAUGAUUUUUUAUGCAAGAACUUAAUUAAAGAAGAAUUGGAUGCGGUAAUGCAGCUGCCUGAGAAUACAAGAGCUUAUACGACCAAGGGAAGCUCUAAGACGAAGACAAAGCCCAAAGCAAAGCCAAAGAUCAAGACAGAGAAACAUGAAGACCAAGUGGUCGAUGAAGAUCUGGCCUCAAACGAUUCAAUGUUAGACGACUUGCUAGGCGGUGAGCCUCUGGAGACAAAGUACAUUCCAGAGGAUGUUCUAAUGGACGAAAACCUGGAACAGGAGGCACACAUAGAAGAAGAAGUCUAUGAAGAAAUAAACAAUAAGCAGGAACACGAAAUUCACGAUGAGUUUAACGAGGAUCUACUAUCUGAGGAAAACGUGAUUAGCGAAUUCGAUCUGUUCGGCAAGAGCGUUGCACUUCAGCUAAAUAAUAUGAGGCUGGAGGACGCGUUGAUGUGCCAAGAGCGGCUACAAGUGGUACUCACAGAGUUCCGCCUUAAAAUCCUUAAACGCAAGAGAGACGCAAAACGAGGAUUUUAAUCUUACUGUUUAUAUCAAGUGUUGUCUUAUGUACAUUAUCCUUCUAUGUUUUAAAUAAAAUAACUACUCUGCUUCUAUUUCGUCAAUAAA